AUGCCCUCGCAACUGAAGCUGAUGCAGAGCUACGACAGCCAGCAGCCGCCUUGCUACGUUGGCAAAUCGAUCGCCAGCGAGUACAUCCCCUGCACGCCAGGCCAGAUUGGCCCCUUCAACCUUCCUUGCCUCGAAGCUUGCGAUAACAGAAUGGAGGACAGACACGGCAAGAGACUCAAGCGAGAGUACUGGGCCAACCAGAAGAAGCAGCGCUCGCAGGCAGCUUGGACCGAGCAGCUCGAGGAUGAAUGA